CAUUGUUAGGACGGCCAUUCGCGCGCCAAGAAUUUUGCAGUUACCCAAAAAGCGAUUUACAAACUUCAUUUUGUACAAUACAUUGUGAUCAUAAUCCUCAUUCUUUUUGCAGUUUCAUUUGAUUCUUUCUGCACACACUUAUUGGCGUUAUCAACAUUUUAGGUUCAAUCAAGCCGCGUUUCGUUUAGUUCCAUAACCGGUGAUCAUGUGAUUUUUUUUUAUUUUUUCGGUUGAUCUGGUCAGAAGCAGAGCCUGAUGUUGUAAAACUUUUACCAGGAGAGAUUCAGUUGGCGUUAGUAUUUGCAUUUGCCCUGGCUCAUGCAUUGCUUAUCGCAAGGAAAUUUUAGGUGAAAUUGUGAUUCAUUGUUUGAACUGUCUUUGGGGGUUUAAUUGAUUGUUUGCCGAUGUUUUCUAAUUGGAGGCGACGUGAUCUGAUUUGAUAAAUUAAGAGGAAAAUUUCCGGGCAAGUUUUUUUCUGCAUUGCGCUCGAGAAUUCUAGUCUUCAUCGAAAAUACUGGGUGGUUUCACGGAUUCUGCGAGCCAGAAAUAGGGAUUUUAAUGAAGGAGCAGAAAUCAAAGCUUCAGUUGUUGGCUCGUUUUGUGAAAUGAGAAGCAAAUUAAGAAAUUGGAAUGAUGAUUAUUAUUUCAAAGGCUAGCUUCUGCAUUCUGUUGGUUCUUCUCACGACAUCAGGUUGUUCAAAAGAUUCGGAGGAAACACAGGAAGACUUCCUUUGCCAGCUGCUUGAUCCCACGUCUGGAUUGUUGGACGAGGAUACGGUACAGCAAUUACGGUCCACUUGCUCUGUGGAUUUGAUUCAAUUGAAGGAAGAAGUUAGAAAUCAUGACUUAUGCUUUCCACCUGAAUUAUCAUCCAGUUGCACCAAUGAUAUUGGUUCAGAGACUCAAUUUUUGGCACAAGAAAACAUUCAAAAAUUGAUUAAUGCUUGCCAUCCUCAGUUGAAGCAAAUCUUUCUUCACUGUUUGAGAAAGAAUAAUCUUCCACUCCGAAGUGUAUCCGGUGAUGAAGAUGAUGAUUCCAGAUCCAAUGAUCCUAGAAGAAAUCUGGGUCUGGGCUUGUCUCAACAUGUAUCAAAACCACCAAGUCCUGGCCCUGGCCAUGCAGUUAAAUCAUAUAUCCACACUCAAGAACCACAAUCUCCACUGCCAAAGAAAUCUGGAUCUUUAACUUCAAAAAGGGGACCUCCCGCACCGGUGAUGUAUGCUAAAGAUAAAUCUAAAUCCGAAGGACAUGCAGAUAAGAAAAAAUAUAAAAAGAAGAAAAAGAAAAGUGAUAAUAACAUGGUUAUAAUUGCUGUUGCCGCAGCUGGCGCAUCAGUGACGCUACUAGUGGUACUGCUCUGUGUUUUGUGUUGCUGUUGUGCUGGCAAAAGCCAAGUUAGAAAAUAUGACGAGAGGCCCCUUCUCAGUGUGAGCAGGAGUGACUACUCUUCUACAGGUUCUUCUUCUCCCCAUUUUGCUUCUGGAAAUUCAGAAACUCCUUCACCAGCAUUUGCUGGUACAGAUGCUGCUGCCAGACCAUCAUUUGACCUGAAGCCUCCUCCUGGCAGGGUGGGAAUCAGCCCUUUGAAACCUCCACCUGGAAGGCCAGAUCUCCUUCCCCCUGAGCUUCCUUCUGGUAAUUCCAAUACUCCUCCUCCUCCUCCUCCUCCAGCACCUCCACAGCCACCCAAAACUGCUGCUGGACCUCCUCCUCCACCACCUCCAGCACUACCUGGUGCCAGAAAAGGUGCUGGUGCACCACCACCACCACCUCCUCAGAGUGGUAAAGGUCCUCCUCGACCACCUCCACCAAUUGGUGGUGUAAAGGGUCCACGCCCUUUAGUUAUACAGAAGAAGUCAAGAGCCGCAGAAUCUGGAGGAGCUGCUGAUUCAGAAGGUGGUGCUACUAAAGCCAAAUUAAAACCCUUUUUUUGGGAUAAGGUUCAAGCCAACUCAGAUCAAACAAUGGUUUGGAAUCAGCUUAAAGCAGGAUCAUUCCAGGUUGACGAAGAAAUGAUGGAGACACUUUUUGGCUAUACCAAUACAGAUAAAAGCAAAAGUCAAGCCAAGAAAAGAUCUGCCUCCAUGGAACAGGCACCUCAGUUUAUCCAGAUCAUUGACUCAAAGAAAGCACAAAAUCUGUCAAUUUUAUUGCGAGCUUUGAAUGUGACCAUGGAAGAAGUUUGUGAUGCACUUCGUGAAGGAAAUGAGCUUCCCCCAGAAUUUAUCCAAUCCUUGCUCAAGAUGUCACCCACAUCUGAGGAGGAACUUAAGCUUAGACUUUUCAGUGGCAACCUGUCUCAACUUGGGCCUGCUGACCGGUUCCUAAAGGCCCUUGUUGAUAUUCCAUUUGCAUUUAAACGACUGGAAUCACUUCUUUUUAUGGGUACUCUUAAAGAGGAGCUCACCUUCACCAGGGAUGCCUUUGCUGUUUUACAGGUUGCUAGCGGAGAACUAAAAGGAAGCCGGCUGUUCCUGAAGCUUCUAGAAGCUGUUCUCAAAACUGGUAACCGUAUGAAUGAUGGAACAUUCCGUGGUGGUGCACAAGCAUUUAAACUUGAUACGCUCCUUAAAUUGUCUGAUGUUAAAGGAGUAGAUGGCAAAACUACACUCUUACACUUUGUUGUUAAAGAGAUAAUCCGAUCUGAGGGCAUACGAGCAGUUCGUGGGGCCAAAGAGAGCAAGAGUUUCUCUAGCAUUAAAACAGAUGACCUGUUCGAGGAAGUCUCCACUGAAUCUGAAGAGCGGUAUCGUGAACUCGGUCUUCAGGUGGUAUCACGAUUGAGCAGUGAGCUUGAGAAUGUGAAGAAAGCAGCAGCUUUAGAUGCUGAUGCUUUAACAGGAACCACUGCAAGACUUGGGUAUUCUCUCUUGAAAAUCAAAGAGUUCUACAACAGAGACCUUAAGGAGUUAGAUGAACAAAGUAGAGGAGGGUUUUAUCAGACAGUGGAGAGUUUUGUGGAGAAUGCUGAAGGUACUAUAAUGAGUCUGCUGGAAGAAGAGAAGAGGAUCACAGCUUUGGUGAAGAGUACAGGUGACUACUUCCAUGGGAACAGUGGGAGGGAUGAAGGGUUGCGACUGUUUGUGAUCGUACGAGACUUCUUGGUCAUACUGGAUAAGGUAUGCAAGGAGGUUGGAGUUGAACAGAAGAAGACGGCCGCCGCCGCCGCCGCGGGGAUGGCUCCUAAACAAGAGACUUCUAAGGCUCCUCCUUCUGACACUCGCCCACCACCGAAGAAUAAGCAGCUUCUUUCAGGACUAUCAGAUAGGAGGAUGGAUGACUUUAGUUCAGAUGAUGAGAGUCCAUAGAAUUUUAGGCCAUAAUUUUGGUACCACCUCCAUAUUAAAGAUUUGAACGGGUAUCCUUUGUCAAGCUUUGGAAGUGGCACUCUCAACGUAAAAAUAAUGUUCAUAACUACAUGUACAGUAACUGACCUCACAGGAGCUGACAUCAGGCCAGGCAAUAACCACUAAUAUCGUUCACUAAUGGAAGACGAAAAUCCCUGUUGGGAUUAGCUUCCUGGUUUACAACAACAAGAAGCCAUCUUCGGGAUCAGUAGUUCGGUAGUCUUCAUUAUUGUUCAUACACAAUUCUUUUUAUUGUUGAUAUGUUGUGUCUCCGAAAAGGAAGGAUGUAGAAUGAUAGUAUAAUCAAUUUUUUUUAAUCAAUGGAUGUUUUUCCCCUUACAGCUGGGAUAUAAUUUUUGUCCCAUUUUUCAAAGUUACUAAUUUGUAUUAUACAAUUUUACUCCCUUUUGUUACAAAAUUUAGCCAAGUUGGGUUUUUUGAGACCGCCAAAAUUAGAAUAUACCUCACCACCCAAAUAAUACUUAUAAAAACAUUAAUAGAUUAUCUACCAGUAGAUCUGAAUUCAUCUUCGUGUGAUAUAUGUCAACUUUUAAUCAACUGAA